GCUACUCAUUGAAGCACUGAAAACCUUGUGAGAUGAAUCAAGGCGCCAAGCGCAUACUGAAUCGAGCGGCCCACAAUCUGGGCUAAACAGCUCGCAAAACUCGCCAGCGCUUCCGCCUCCCCACUACCAUUCUCAGUCAUCCAAAGCGAGCCGCUCUUUUAGGUUCUCUCUCCUUCAUCUGCUUGUGUCCACCUACUGGAUGUUUGCGGCCCUUCUUCCCACACUCUCAUCUAAAGCUUUAGAUGAGUUUUCGUUCUUUGUGCUCUUGUCUUUUAAUAUAGAUUAUUUUUGCAGAUCUUCAUCGCGACCGAGAUGCCCCGCACCGCCACCGGCAAGAUCCAGCGCCGCAAGGUCGCCGAGCACUUCCUCGGCGCCGCGGAGAAGGCGGAAAAAGCGGGGCAGCCGCUCAAGGAAGUGGCGACCAGCUCUGUGGCUUCGACGGGGACUUCGCAGGCAAAGCCCGUUGAUGGAGCGGACCUGGUCGCCCGCUCGCUGGCGAAGAUGGGCGUCAAGUAUCUCUUCGGUGUUGUUGGCAUCCCUGUAACGGCCCUCGCAACCUUCGCUCAGAAAGCAGGCAUUCGCUUCAUCGGUUUACGAAACGAGCAAGCCGCGGGUUACGCUGCUGGCGCUGCGGGUUACCUAACCGGCGUCCCGGGGGCUCUCUUAACCGUGUCUGGCCCGGGGGCGGUACAUGGGUUAGCCGGGUUGAGCAACGGGUUAGCCAACAGCUGGCCGAUCGUUAUGAUCUCGGGGAGCGCUCCGACUGAGGAGGUCGGGAGGGGCGGCUUCCAGGAAUUCGACCAGAUCGCGAUCGUAAAACCGUUUGUCAAGUACGCCGGACGCGCUGAGAACGUUCGCGCGGUUCCCAACACCGUCCAGUCAGCGGUGUCCGCCGCGGCCGCGGGCAGGCCGGGGGCCGCUUACGUCGACGUGCCGGCAGAGGUUCUUCACCAGGAGGUUUCGGAAGCCGAGGCCGCCGCCCUGCUCAACGCGCUGGUCGACAUCCAGCCCUUCUACACUCCGGGGGGGCUCCGCAAAGCCCUCUCCGCACCCCCCCCCGACGUCGCCGCCGCCGUCUCCCUCCUCCGGAACGCCAGGAGCCCGCUCGUCGUCUUCGGCAAAGGCGCCGCGUACGCGCACGCGGAGGACGGGAUCCGCUCGCUCGUGGACCGGACCGGAAUUCCGUUCAUCGCCACGCCGAUGGGGAAGGGCGUCGUGCCGGACAGCCACCCGUUGAACGCGGGCGCGGCGCGCAGCCUCGCGCUCGCGGGCGCUGACGUGGCACUCGUCGUGGGCGCGCAGCUCAACUGGCUGCUGCACUUCGGGGAGCCGCCGCGGUGGGGCAAGGACGUCAAGUUCAUCCAGAUUGACAUCUCCGAGGACGAGCUCAAGCUGCGCAAGCCCGCCGUGCCCCUUCUCGGCGACGCAAACGCGGUGCUCGAGCAGAUCAACGUCGCCAUUAAAGACGAGCCGUUCUCCCUUGGGAAAGACCACCCCUGGGUGGCAAAGCUCCGCGAGAAAGCGGAAGCGAACGGAAAGAGGCUGGCGGAAUCGCUGGCGAAGGACGUGGUGCCGAUGAACUUCCAGUGCAGCAUGCGGGUCGUGCGGGACGAGCUGGCCAAGGUUGAAGGCCCUCAUCCAAUCCUGGUUUCCGAGGGCGCCAACACAAUGGACGUCGGACGGACGGUUCUCAACCAGGAAGAGCCGCGUACGCGCCUCGACGCCGGCACGUGGGGCACGAUGGGCGUGGGCAUGGGGUAUGCUAUCGCGGCUGCGGUGGUCAACGACGGGAAGAGACUCGUUGUUGCCGUCGAAGGGGACUCCGCUUUCGGGUUUAGCGCCGUUGAGGUCGAGGUGCUUGUCCGGUAUAACCUGCCGGUCGUCGUGAUCGUCUUCAACAACAGCGGCAUUUACGGCGGCGAUCGCAGGGAGGACGCGGAGCUCGGCGGUCCGUACGCGUCCGACCCGGCGCCCACCGACUUUGUGUCCGAAGCAAGAUACGACCAGAUCAUCGAGGCCUUCGGAGGCAAGGGUUACUUCGUGAGGACUCCGGCCGAGCUCGUGGCCGCCUGCCGGGAAGCGUUUGCCGCGAAAAAGCCGGCCGUCAUCAACGCCGUCAUCGACCCGUUCGCUGGAUCCGAGAGCGGGAGGAUGCACAGCAGGAACUGA